AUGUCGUUCGAGGGAGAGUCCACACUUCAGGAGCAGAUGGCCGGGCCGUCUCGUUCUCGCUUCACUGGAUGGCUCACGAUGGCCCCGGAAGUCGACCCGACCCCCGCUCCGGCCGCUCCAAGCGCUCAACCUACCGUCGAAACCAAUGACGCGACUGCAUCAGGCUCGUCCUCAGCACAGCCAGUCGCAUCCACGCAUGGGUUUGGCUACUUGGGCCAGCAGAUCAAGCUUCCGCAACGAAAGAAGCGCCGCGCUACCUUCCAGGUUGGCUCACCUGGCCUUUCGGAGGACGAAGGCGGAAGCAUUUCCAGCAGUCUCUCCUCGCGUGCCAGCUCAGACGCACCGGACUUUGAUGUGCGCGCCUCGUUCGCGCCCAUGCCAGUGUACGGCAAGAAGGUCAAUGUCGCGCCCUCGUCCAUCAACCGGGGCGUCGGCGACCAGGGUCUGACAAACUCUGUCAAGCAGUCUGGGCUUCACAAUCGAGCUGUCGCAGACGCACACGCGCAGCAAAGCAGCAGCGACGACGAGGCGGACGGCCUGUCAUUCGGAGGGCGACGAUGGAAGGGCAAGACCGUCCACGCGGUCGAACUGGAGCUCGAAGCAUUGCGCGACGAGAGACUCAUGAGUCACGCUCCCGACGCUGCCUACCUUGCCUCGCGACUCGAAGGCGUUCGACGCAACCUCGAGAUCGAAGAGAGGAAGCCAAGCUACGUUCCUUACGACGAGGAUCUCCUUACAGACGAAGAGGAAGCCGCUUUGGCCCCGGACGCCUCAGAUGUGGUUCGACAGCUCUAUCCAUUCCAGCACCCGCACGUUGGCCUAGCCGACGCUCCUCCCAUGCCGCAUCGACCUGUCUCGAACGCGUCAUCCGUCAGCUUGGUCGAGGGCGAGACACCGCACGACCUCGACUUUGGUCUGCAAUUCGAAUCAGGCGCAUCCAUCGGACAAGCAUCACAAGAAGUCAGGAUCCACGACCCCGACGAGGUUGCUAUGCCUCCCCUCCCGGCACACUUGGCUCCACCGAGCGCCAAACAGAUCGACCCAGCAGCACGAGCUGCGGCACUCGACUCGCGCAUCGAAGUGCGUGCGCUCCGCCGCGGCGACUUGGAGCAGGUGCGAGACCUGCACGCCUUCCACGGCGAUUCAGACAGAGUAAGUCACCACAUGGCGUCCCUCACGCUUUCCAGCUGUCCAUUAUCGUCUCCCGUCGACUCGACGACCAGGGGCAGCCCCAGCGGUCCCAUGGCCCACCUUGCAGGCGGUGCGCCUCGCGCCAACUUUGAGUGCUGCGGACAGGCGGCAUGGCCGCGCCGCGCGCUCGAGCUUGGCCGAUCCGGCGCACCGGAGUGCGGUCUGGCUCAGCCGAUUCCCGGCCAUCUCGCUACCCCGCCGCCGGCAGAGUCUCGCCAUCUGUCUCCUCGCUCUGAGGCGUUGACCGGCCUUCCUGUCAGCACUGCUCAGUCUCCGGAUCACGGCGAGACAUAUACGUCGACGGCGUCGUUCCUGCUGCGGCUGCUGGUGGAUGACCGGCACGUGUGUCUGGUGGCGGUGGCCAAGCCCAUCCCGGAGCCCGCGGCGCCGCUACCUGCGGCUGCCGAUCUGGUCGGACUGGCAGCUCGCCGUCCCGACGAUGCAGACAGCCUGCCCGGAUCGCCGCAAUCCACGUCGCCUGCCUCGCUGUCUGCCAGCGACGACGAAGCCAGCACGGGUCUGAAGUCGCUCCAGCUCGAUGCGGCGCGGGCGGCCGAGUCGUCAGACCAGUCGAGUUUGUCAUCGUCGCCGGGUCACGGCGGACGUGCCACGACAUCGUCGCUCUUCUCCGCCAUGGGGCCAGGGGCUGGACUCGUGCCUACUGCGCCGCACACGCGCAUGAUCAGCCCGCGCGGCCGCGACGGCCGCAUCAACAACACGCCUGCCACCUCUGUAUUUUCCGACAUCUUUGCCGAGCGCGGAGCGACGGUGCACAAGCCUGUACUCGCCGACCUGCCCGGACCGACAGAUAUGGCGUCGGCACCCGUGAAGAAGGUCAUGUCGAUCCCGCCGCCCCGCGGUGCAGACGCACGCGCUGUCGAGACCGAGACGAUCCUCGGCGUGGUGUCGGCGCACCUCAGCGUGGUGGCCGCACCGAGCGAAGACCAUCUGUGGUUCGGCGGUGGAUCUGGCAAAAAGGCGGUGGAGGAUGCGAGUGCGUUGGUGGAUGUGCAUGUGCUUACGCUUGCAACGGCGCCCGAGGAGCGCGGGCAGGGGUUGGGUGCUAAGCUGCUCGCGGCUCUGCAUGCAGAGUGCAUGCACAAGGCGCGACACAUGGCGAUGCGGAUGCGCAACCCCCGCGCCGUACCCGUCGUCGCACCGCUCUCACCCCGCUUUAUCGACGAAUCGACGCUCAUGGCUUCGAUGGGCGCGAGUGGGUCAAAGUCGCCCUACCUUCGUGGGGUGGUGGGAUGCAGUCUGGCGCAGCUUCGCGAUUCCAGGCCGGGCGGAAAGUACUUGGCGCGCACGUUUCUCGAGGUGCAUCCGUCCAACAUGCACGCGAUUGCUUUGUACCGCGCACACGGCUUCCAAGCUCCCGCGGACGAUACGGCGGCUGUCAAGCGUGGCUUCUACCGUGGUGACACACGCAUUGCCACCGCCGAACGCACCAAGCGCGGCGGAACAGACGCCUGGAUCCUCCAGCGCUUCGACGGUCCCAUUCCCUAG